UAUGGAUCCUAACCAAUUUGUAUGCUACUUAUUCAAUAUAUGAUAGGGUAUUGAAAUAGCCAAGAAAUUCCAACAAUUCUUUGCUCAUAUGAACAAGUUUUGUUAACAAUUUUUGAAAGACUAGAAUGUGACAGAGAUUCAAGCUCCUGAGAAGAAGAAGGAACGAGAUCCAAAUGCACCAAAGAAGCCUUUGACACCGUUCUUUUUAUUUAAUUAGAAGUACAGAGAGAAAGUGGUUGAACGAAAUCCAGGUAUUUAUUGGUUUGUGAAAUACUAUAAGAGAUUAAGCUUACUCAAAUAUCAUAAAUGGCGGGAAAUAAAUGGUCAUCUAUGUCUGAAUAAGAAAAGAAGGUAUGAGUUUUCAAUAAAUUUGCAUAGCCAUACACUGACCAAUACAAUGCAGCCAAGGAAAAGUAUGAGUAAGAGUUGAGAGAUUACAAUGAGAAGAAUGGAAUUGAAACAAAUGAUAAGAAGCGCAAGAAAUCAGAGAAAGUAAAGCAGAUCCUUAUAUUGAUAGGCUGAUGAUAAAUCAAUGAAAUCAGCUGUGGAUCAUAAUAUCGAUGAUUUUGAGUCUGAAUCUGUUCAACCAGCUGCUAAACAUCAAUAACAAAUCAAGCAAUAAUAGCAAAAAUAAAGCAAUAAUGAUGAGUAGGUCAAAUAGCAACCAGCAAAAUAGACCAAGCAAUAACCAUAACAAAAGCAAAUACCAGUUUAGACUAAGAAGGCUAAACAUGUAGAGAUUGAUGAUGAUAUCUAAAAAGAUAUUGAUUAAGCAAUGAGCAAUCCAAAAUAAACAUAAAAAAAAUCAAAGAAAUGAAAACCAUAAAAACAAC